AUGCAUUGAGAACUGGGAGCUGAUGCCAGAUGCUCGGCUGCAGCCAGCCCAGCCGGCCGGCUGCCUGUCCUCCUCUGGGGCACAGGACCUGGGGGGUCCCCUCUUCCCCUUGCCUGGGCCAGCUCUUCUCUGGGACCUCUCACCAUGCUCUGGCUGUGGCUCCUGGUCUUCUUCCUGGCUGCUGUGUCCACUGCUGGGCUCCAGGGCAUCCCAGGUGUUACCCUGCACUCUAGCAAGCCCCUUACCCCUGUAGAGGAAGAGCGGGCACGGACCAAGAGGGGAACGGAGGAUGACGAAUCCAAGGGGGUACAGCAGUACGUGCCUGAGCAGUGGGCUGAAUAUCCUCGGCCCAUCCAUCCUGCUGGUCUACAGCCCACCAACCCCCUGGCGCCUACGAGCCCCAACCCAGACCAGGAGGGGGUUCCCCAAGGAAGCGGACUGGAACCCUAUGGCAACCUGACGGGCACCCCUGGCCGGAGGCUGCAGAUUCAGAAUCCCCUCUACCCGGUGACGGAGAGCUCAUACAGCGCCUACGCUGUCAUGUUCUUGGCACUGGUGGUAUUUGCUGUGGGCAUCGUUGGCAACCUGUCAGUCAUGUGCAUCGUGUGGCAUAGCUACUACCUAAAGAGUGCCUGGAAUUCCAUCCUGGCAAGCCUGGCUCUCUGGGACUUCCUGGUCCUCUUCUUCUGCCUGCCUAUUGUCAUCUUCAAUGAGAUCACCAAGCAGAGGCUGCUGGGCGAUGUCUCUUGCCGGGCUGUACCCUUCAUGGAGGUAUCCUCCCUGGGAGUCACAACCUUCAGCCUCUGUGCCCUGGGCAUCGACCGCUUCCAUGCAGCUACCAGCCCCCUGCCCAAGGCCCGGCCCAUCGAGCAGUGCCAGUCAAUCGUGGCCAAACUGGCAGUCAUCUGGGUGGGUUCCAUGAUAUUAGCCGUGCCUGAGGUCCUGCUGUGGCAGCUGGCACAGGAGCCCUCGCUGACAACAGGCACCAUGGUGGAUUCGUGCAUCAUGAAGCCCUCUCCUGGCCUACCCGAGUCCCUCUACUCCCUCGUGAUGACGUACCAGAACGCCCGGAUGUGGUGGUAUUUCGGCUGUUACUUCUGCCUGCCCAUCCUCUUCACCAUCACCUGCCAGCUGGUGACCAGGCGGAUCCGGAGCACGCCAGGGAAGAAACCUGAGUGCCGGGCAGGCAAACACGGGCAGUGUGAGAAACAGCUGAAUAGCACCGUCGUGGGCCUGACUGUGGUAUACGGCCUGUGCACCCUACCAGAAAACGUCUGCAACAUUGUGGUGGCUUAUCUGUCCACGGAGCUGUCCCGGCAAACCCUGGAUCUCCUCAGCCUCAUCAACCAGUUCUCCAUCUUCUUCAAAGGCUCAGUCACCCCUGUUCUCCUCCUGUGUCUCUGUAAGCCCUUGGGCCAGGCCUUCCUGGACUGCUGCUGCUGCUGCUGCGAUGAGUGUGGGGCAGAUGAGGCCACCUCUGCCGACGGCUCGGACAGCAAGCUCAAGACGGAGAUGUCCUCCUCCAUCUACUUCCACAAGCCCAGGGAGUCUCCCCCUCUCCUGGCACUGGGCACUCCCUGCUGAGUCCUGGCUGCAGUUGGGGGGCAGCGGGAGGUGGGACACUCCAGACCCGGGCUGCAUUCAGCUUUUCUUCCCAUCACACCACCUGAAGAUGGACUUCAUUCCAUAGAGGCUUGGGGGCGUCCAAGACCCCUUCCCCAGCAAUGGCCCUCCUGGCCAGUCCCCCCCACCCCCAUACUGCCCCAGGGAGGAGGAGGAGGGCAUUCAGCUUUGCAUUUUGAUUGGUGGGUAGACCUGCCCUGAUUCCCUUAGCCCCACUCAUAGCCUCCUAGCUUCAGCCAGCCGAAGCCCAAGCCCAAGCCCAAGCCCUGCCUGCUGGACCCAUCCCGAUUUUGCAAACCAGCCUUCCCCAGGCCUCCCUUCAGGAUCCUUCUCUACCCCUUCUCUGCUUUUAGCCAGAACACAUACAUCCACAUACCCUGUGUCCCCUACAUGCAGAGAAAAAGGAGGAUCCAUUUGGGCCAGCCCAGCUUGGCAGCGGCCGGGUGAUGCCAGCUCUUCUGAGCUGCGCCCUGCCUGGCCCGGGAUUUCCAAGCUCUGGAUGCCCUCCCCCCCAUGACUCUUUCCCCUCUCUUCCCUUCUUGUCUCUUCUCUUCCUAGGGGGACCCUGGGCACAAUCUGUUCCCAAUCCCCCUGCCAAAUUCAGACCUGUAGAAGAACCUACCUAAGAAAACAAUAAAUUAGCUAGAACUAC